GUAGUGGAGGGGGCAGGGCGCAAGGUAUCAUGGAGGAUCAGUAGGCAACUUGCGGCCAGCAGAAAAGGGCAGCGGCUGCUCUGAUCCCCGGGACUUUCAGUUGUUCUUCGCUCGCUUUUUUUAUCAACUACGACGCAUAUUUCGACAUGGAAAUGAAGAAGAGGAUCACUUUAGAGCUGCGGAACCGGAGCCCGGCAGAGAUUGUGGAGUUGGUUGUGGACAACAGCCGCUCGGCUAAUGGGGAGGUUGAAGGUCUGACGGACGGGUUCACAGCGCUCGAGUUCCUCAGCAUGGUCAACGUGGGUCUCAGCUCUCUGGCUAAACUUCCCUCUCUGCCCAAACUACGCAAGUUGGAGCUGAGUGACAACAGCCUGUCGGGGGCUCUGGAGACCCUCGCAGAGAAAUGUCCUAACCUGACCUACCUCAACCUGAGCGGGAACAAGAUCAAAGAGUUGAACACGUUGGAGGCGCUGCAAAACCUGAAGAGCCUGCAGAGUCUGGACCUGUUCAACUGUGAGAUCACGUCUCUGGAGGACUACAGAGAGAGCGUCUUCGAUUUGCUCCCUCAGGUUACCUACCUGGACGGCUUCGAUCAGGAGGACAACGAGGCCCCGGACUCCGAAGCCAACGAUGAAGAUGAAGACGGCGAGGACGGGGCGGGGCCAACUGGCGAUUACGGCGAGGAGGAUGAUGAAGAGGAUGAUGAGGAUGGCUCAGAAGGAGGAGAGGUGGGGCUGAGCUUUCAGGUGAACCAGGGCAAUCAGGAAGAGUACGACGACGAGGAAGACUAUGCAGAAGAAGAAGAGGAACAGGCAGGCGCUCACGGACAGAAGAGGAAGAGGGACGUAGAAGACGAGGGGGAGGAUGACGAGGACGACGAGGACAACUAGUCCCGCGUCUGACCGUUGUCCGUGUUUCGUCUCUUCACGUCUUUGUCCGUUUCAGUCCUACUGGACCCGACCUCCAUCCGACAGCAGCUGCACCGCUGCGUCCUCAGAUAGUUGGUUUCAGUUUGUUGUAGAAUCACGUGUUGUUUUUAGAGAAAAUAUAAAAUUUACAGAAAGAUUUUAUCUGAACUUUUACCUGCUGGUUCCGACCGAACACUCCACACGUUUCCCUUUAAAACCCGGUCCAGGUUCCGAGUCUGGCUCCCUCCGGCCGCGGCAGCUCCUCGUACGAGUUCAUUCUUCAGGUCCUCAAGCACAGAAGAUCAUUCAGAAAAGGAUUGUUUUUUAUUUUCUUGACCUUCAGAGACAACUUUUAAAGUCCUGCUGACCUCUUGUGCCGACUCAGCAUUUGUUGGCUUUUUUAAAAUCGUAACACAAAAGUCUGGAUUUGUUUUAAUCGUUUUUAAUCCGUCACUCAGCUGGUGCUUAAUUUAACACAAGAACGAGGAGGUAAUAUUUAUAUCAAAGUACCAGCACCAAGAAAAGCAGUUUUCUCUGUGAACAAACCUUUAAAGUCGACUUCACAGCAAACCGAGUCCCUCCUCUUUUGUCAGAAGUAAACGAUGGUACUGGAGCCUGAUCUGUUGGAGAAACCCUCAGUGUGUCUGCAGCCCGUGACUAAACACGUCCGUUUUAUUUAUUUAUUUAUUAUCAACCUGUGUGUGUGUUUAUAACCUGC